CCGAUUCAAACAAUUCAAAAAAAUUAAAAUUUUCCCCCAAUUUUCGCUAAUUUUAUAAUUUAAAACUCACUUUAAUGUCUCAAAAGUGAUUUAAUUUCAAUAUAAAAACAUCAUCAAUAGGAGAUAAUCAAAGGAUUUAAUUUAUUUAAGCAAAAGUUUUAGUAACUUAUUGAGAAAGAAUGGUGAAUCGAAGAAAGAGAGCCGCUAAGAAGAGCAAUGAAAAGGAUUCUACAAUUACAAAAGAUUCGGAUAAUGACGGUGAAAUAAAUGAAAGUAUAGACAAUAUAGUUCAAGAAACUGUCAGUGAAGAUAGUAGGAAAAAGUCAAACAAUAAUAGCAGAAAGAAGAAAACGACAGAGACUGAAAAAUUAGAAGAAAGUGAGAAAGUAAGUAAUCGAACGAGAAGACGUGGAAAAGAUCCAGAAGAAAAUGAUAAAGAAUCUGAGAAACUGGAAGAGAAUCACAAAGAUUCAGUUGAGAACAAUAAGGAUCCAGUAGAUUCAGAGGAAAAGGAUAAAGACACAGAAGAAAAUAGCAAAGAUCCAGCAGAAAACAAUGAAAUUGAUGAUUCAGUGCAGAUAAUUGAAGAACCAGUUAAUUCAGUACAAAGUAUUGAAGAUUCAGAGAAUGAAGAAGCAGUAGUGAAUGAUCAAGAACCAGAAGAAACAAAUGGAGAUCCAUUAAACUGUUCUGAUCCAGAAAUUGAUGAAAAUUCAAAAACAGUUAAUGAAUUCUCAGAUGAAGAAGAAAGUUCUCCAUUAAAUAUUGAAAAUUAUCUUCAAAUUGAGAGUUCACUUCAGAAUGACGAAGAGAACUCAAAACAAGAUCAGGAAAAUAACAUCCAGGACGAGGAAAAUGCUUCAGAAAGUGGUGAAAACUCAAGGCAAGAACAGAAAAAUGAUGACUCAAAUGACGAUACACAGAAAGAUGAUAAACCAGCGCCAGGUUUAAGACUAGUGCCAUUGAAUUUAUUAUUAAGGCAAGAUAUUUUGGACGGCAAGAAAAAGGACAGUUCCAAAUCCACUAGGAAAUCGACAGGAAGGAACCGUAAGAAGGCAUCAUAUAUCGAAAUUAGCAGUGAUGAGGAUGAUCAAAUUUCAUUAAGCAGCGAAUCAUCUGAAUCUGAUAAAAGCAGUAGUGAUGAUGAGGAGGAAAGUUUAUCAUCAUUAAAGCGCAACGCAAGAAAAAAUAAAAGUACAAAAUCUAGUAAACUAAGUAAUGGCACUAAAGAUAAGGUUUUCAAGGAACCAAUGUCUCCCACAAAAAUCAUAAAAAAUGCAAAAUCAGUCUCGAUAAAUUUAGAAAAAAUGCCAGAUAAUGUAAAUAAGUUGAUGAAAUGCUAUCGUGUAAAUGAUGAUCCAAUCGAAAUGUGGUCAGAGAGUGACGAUUUUGAGAAUAUGAUUUCGACAUCAAAGAUCGAUCGAGUUGCAUUGGACAAAGAGAAGCAAGAUCAAGAAGUAGUUGAAAAUGUACGACCUGCUCCAAGAGAAUUAAAACGAACUGGCAAGGUUAAGAAAACUGAGGAUGUUGAAACAGAAAAGUCAGAAAAAUCAGAUAAAUCUGAAAAAUCCAAGAAGGAAAGCUCAAAGAAACAUCACAAGGAGAAAGAGGUAAAGACACCAACACGAUCAAGAUCAACACGAAAUGCAGCCAUGAAUAGGAGAAAAAUUGUUGACGAUGAAUCAGAAUCCGAAAAAACAGAAAGUGAAAAUGAAAGUGAAGAAGAUGUUCCAUUAAAACUCAUUGCCAAGUCAGCCACAACAAAUAAUAAACCCACGAGAAGUACAAGAGGACGAAAUUCACUUGCAACGUCUGAAUCAGAAAUUGAUAAGGAAUCGACAUCAAAAGAGCAGUCGAAAAAUAAUUCAGAGGAUGAAAGUGCAAAAGAUUCAAAAUCAAAGGAAGAGAAAACAAAGGAUAAAAAAGUUAAGGAUGAUCACUCAAAAGAAAAACUUCCUAAAAGAACUCAGCGACAAGAAAGCAGCUCAGAUGAGGAAGAAAAGGAAAAGGAAAUAAAAUCGAGAUCCACAAGAUCGACUCGAAACAAUAAGGAACAACAGAAUGCAGCUAAGAAAUCCAAAACUGAAUCUAAACCAACAUCAGAAAAGCGAUCGUCACCACGAAAAGAGAAAACAUCAAAUUUAAAAAUCACAAUAAGUUUAAAUCAGAAGAAAGUCAUCAAUCAUUCUAAUGAUGAUAUUGAUGAAUCAUCAAAGUCUGACAGUGAUAUUAGUAGUAAAAGCGACAGUAAUAAGGAAGUUAAGAGAAUAAGUAAAACUAAGAAAAUCUCAUCAGAUACAUCGGAUAGCGAGGAUGAGCCAUUAACAGCACUUAAAAACAAAUCACUCGAGAAAGACAAAAAAGAAUCCAGUGACAAAGAAAGCGAUAGUUCAGACAAAGAGAAGGAACAAUCCGAUGGAGACGAUACAUUGCCAAUAAUUGACCAGAAACUCAGAAAUCGGAAUAAAUUUGAAGCAAAUAAAGACUUCAAUAAAUUAAAGGAAUUAAUAGAGCAGAAGAAGAAAAAACGAAAGGAUAGUAGCGACGAGGAAGAAACCAAAGAUAGAGUAAGGAAGAAUGAUAAGGGAAAGGAAAAUCACGACAAAAACGGCGAAUCAACUAAUAAGACAUCAGAAAAGUCAAAGCGUAAACGACUUUUAUCAAGUAGCGAAGAAGAAGAAGCAAACGAGGACAAAGACGACGAGAGCAGCAGUAGCAAUAAAAAGAAGAGCAGCAAAAACGAUCUUGAAACACCUGCAAAGAAAAGGAAGAAAAACAUGGAUGAAGAUUCUGAUUACAAUAACUCUGGCGGUGAAGAUGAAGACAAGAAUAGUGAUGAAAGUCAAUCGAGCGAUGAUGAAAAUGCUGGUAAAAGAAAAGUGAAACGAAGUUCUGAUGAUGAAGAUGAAGACAUAGAUGAGCUUGAGAAAGAACGUUCAAAGGCAAAACGCAGGAAAAGAAUAAAGAAAAUUGCUAGCAGUGAUGAGGAUGGUGAUGAAAAGGGUGGAAAAGCAUCUGGUCGUAAAACUAUCCGUAAAAUUAUGAAGAAUGAUAAAUUGGAUAUUUCUACAAAAGAAGCAGCAAAAAUUGAACGAGAACGUAAACAGCGUAUUGAGGAACGUCAGAAGACUUAUAAUCAAUUUUAUGAUGAACGUCCAGAAGAAAUUAAAGAAAUCACUUCAUUAGUUCUUGACUAUGAUGAAGAAACGAAGGAAUCGAUCCUUGAAGUCGAUAAAAAGUUAGUCAAGAAGCUCAAACCUCAUCAGGCUAAUGGUAUUAAGUUCAUGUGGGAUGCAUGUUUUGAAUCUGUUGAACGAUGUAGAAAGGAAUCUGGAUCUGGAUGUAUCUUGGCUCAUUGUAUGGGUUUGGGAAAAACCUUACAAGUUGUGACUCUCACUCAUACCCUCCUCAACAACAGCGAUGAUACUGACGUUACUCGAGUAUUAGUUGUAUGUCCUUUGAAUACUGUACACAAUUGGGUCAAUGAGUUCCAAAAGUGGCUGAAAGGUAUUAGAGGAUAUAACGAAAUUGAAAUCUAUGAAAUCAGCAAGCUAAAGCAAAAUAUUGACCGUGCUAAUAAAUUAAUGGAAUGGCAUAAUGAAGGUGGUGUUAUGAUCAUGAGCUACGACAUGUUCCGUAACUUGACAAAUGACCAGAAUAAUCGUUUGCGCAAAAAGAUCAAAGAAUCUCUUCAGACAUCAUUGAUAGAUCCAGGUCCGGAUCUAGUCGUUUGUGAUGAAGGUCAUUUACUUAAGAAUGAGAAAACAUCAAUUUCAAAGUGCAUGAUGAAGUUGAGAACUUCUCGUCGAAUUGUUUUGACUGGUACACCAUUGCAGAAUAAUUUAAAAGAAUACUACUGUAUGGUUCAAUUCGUCAAGCCUAAUUUGCUAGGAAAGUAUCAAGAAUAUAUGAAUCGAUUCGUAAAUCCAAUCACAAAUGGACAAUAUACUGAUUCUACCGAAUAUGAUAUUCAAGUUAUGAGACGACGUGCUCACGUGUUGCAUAAAAUGUUGGAUGGAUGUGUUCAGCGUCGUGAUUAUAAUGUUUUGGCGCCAUUUUUACCACCGAAACAUGAAUAUGUCCUCUCAAUAAAACUAUCACCAAUGCAAGUGACACUCUACAAGCACUACAUGGAAAGUAAAGCACGUCAAGGUGCUGACACAGCCCGUAAAGGCUCAAUUCUAUUUCAAGAUUUCCAAAAUCUUCAGCGUAUUUGGUCAGCACCAAAGGCAUUGCGAUACAACAGCGAUCGUUAUGAAGUCGAAAUGCAACGCAAGCGAGACUUAGAGUCUGAAGAUGAAAGUGAAGGUUCAAUUAAGGACUUUAUUGAUGAUUCUGAGAGUGCUGUUUCUACUGGGAAUAGUUCGUCUGAAGGUGGAAGUGAUGACGAUGGUCAAAGCAUUAAUUCCGAUGAAGAAAAAAAUAAAAAGAAGAAGAAGAAAAAGGAUAAAGGCUUUGCUGCCCCAAGAAGAACAAGAGCUGCAGCUGCUGCAUUUCCAACAGAAUUUCAAGCUGAGGAAGAAGAAAUUGCAGCAAGUUCAAAAUUAGAGAAUCCAACAGAAUGGUGGACACAAGUGUGUCCAGAAGAAGAAUUAAAUAAUAUCGAGCAUUCCAGUAAAUUAAUGCUACUUAUGUCUAUAUUAGAAAAAUGUGAAGCUAUUGGUGAUAAGUUAUUAGUGUUCUCACAAUCUCUCUACUCCCUUGAUGUCAUUGAACAUUUCUUAAAUUAUAUUGACGAUCAAACCCAACAUAAUAUUGAAGAUGCAACCUUUAAAGCAUCGUGGACACUGGGUCAAGAUUAUUUCCGUUUGGAUGGUUCAACACCCGUAGAACAGCGAAGUCAAGCAUGUAAACAUUUCAACAGUUCUGAUAAUCCACGUGCAAGAUUGUUCCUUAUUUCAACGCGUGCCGGCGGUCUUGGUAUUAAUCUGGUAGCUGCUAAUCGUGUCGUCAUUUUUGACGUGUCAUGGAAUCCGUCACAUGAUAUUCAAAGUAUUUUUAGAGUUUAUCGUUUUGGACAGACUAAACCUUGUUAUAUUUAUCGGUUUAUUGCUCUGGGAACAAUGGAAGAGAAGAUUUAUGAACGUCAAGUAACAAAGCAAGCUAUUUCAAAGAGAGUCAUCGAUGAACAGCAAAUUGAUAGACAUUAUAAUCAGAAUGACUUGCAAGAACUCUAUAAAUAUGAAUUAGAGCCAGACGAUGAGGUUCGUGAAAUUCCAAUCCUUCCAAAGGAUCGAUUAUUUGCAGAGAUGCUUCAAAAGUAUGAAGAUACCAUUUGGAAAUAUCACGAGCACGACACACUUCUUGAGAACAAAGAAGAAGAAACAUUAGAUGAAGAUGAACGUAAGCAAGCUUGGGAUGAAUUCGAACAUGAAAAAACUCGUCCACAACUACAACAAUAUUAUCCACAGCCUCAAAUUAGAAAUACUGGUCCAGUUACGUCUAAUAAUAUCUUUGGAAUAAGAACUGAUAUUCUACUGAAGUUAUUGUCAAUGAAAGCAAGACUUGAUAAUCCAACAAUUUCUGAAGCUAAUGUCAAACAUGCAAUUCCAUUGUUGAUGCAAGAACUAUAUAGGCAGAUGGAUCGUGGGGAGUUGACUUUGUAUCAACAAUUACUAGCCCUAUCAAGCUCAUUAGAAGUUCCACAAAAUUAUGGAGGAAAGUUCCAAAUUAACGAAGCUUUGAUGCAUCAGACAUACAAUAGUAUUAAUUCUAUGCCGUCAACAUCAUCACAUGCAACUAAUUUGUAUCGCUCACAGCUUCUGGCUAGACAACAAAAUUUGUCAGCACAACUUCAACGACAAAAGCAGAUGAGACGAAUGAGUGAUACUGUAAUUGAAAUCGAUUAAAUUCUGACGAGACUUUAUAAAAAAAAAAAUUAAAUUUAAAUAAGAAUAAAUAAAAUAAUAUUUAAUUGAAAUUCAAAAGGAAGAAUGUGAAGCACAUAGACACACACAUAAAUUUUCAAAUUUUUAAGUUUUAAGAAAUAUUAGUUUAAUGAAAAAUCAUUUUUAAACAUCUAAUUUUUUUUUUCAUUUAUCGAAAAUUGAAUGAUAUGUGAAUAAAAAAAGGAAAAUAAAAGAAAAUAAUUGAAAAUUGUUCACG